GGGAGGCGGCGAUGCGCACGGCCGGAGAGACGGGGAGGAGGAGACAUGAGCCGGCGGGCGCCCAGACGGAGCGGCCGUGACGCGUUAGCGCCGCAGCCGCGCGCCCCGAACCUGGAGCGCUGAACCCUGGACCCACGCAGCCCCGCGUCCCUGCCGGAGAGCUCAACCCGACUUCCAGCCCUGCUGCGCAUGCUGUCCGCGGACUGAGCCGGGCAGCCAGCCUCCCGCAGACGCCCGGACGGCCGGUCAGCAGUGAGCAAGCUUCCCCGCAGCAGCCGGGCGCCUUCUGCACAGCGGCUGCCGCCCCGCAGCCUCUGCGCCAGCCCGGAGGGCGCAGCGCUCGGGAGGAGCCGCGCGGGGCGCUGAUGCCGCAGGGCGCGCCGCGGAGCGCCCCGGAGCAGCAGAGUCUGCAGCAGCAGCAGCCGGCGAGGAAGGAGCAGCAGCAGCGGCGGCGGCGGCGGCGGCGGCGGCGGAGGCGCCCGGUCCCAGCCGCGCGAAGCGGACAUGUGCAGGCUGGGCUAGGAGCCGCCGCCUCCCUCCCGCCCAGCGAUGUAUUCAGCGCCCUCCGCCUGCACUUGCCUGUGUUUACACUUCCUGCUGCUGUGCUUCCAGGUACAGGUGCUGGUUGCUGAGGACAACGUGGACUUCCGCAUCCACGUGGAGAACCAGACGCGGGCUCGGGACGAUGUGAGCCGUAAGCAGCUUCGGCUGUACCAGCUCUACAGCCGGACCAGUGGGAAACACAUCCAGGUCCUGGGCCGCAGGAUCAGUGCCCGUGGCGAGGAUGGGGACAAGUAUGCCCAGCUCCUAGUGGAGACAGACACCUUCGGUAGUCAAGUCCGGAUCAAGGGCAAGGAAACGGAAUUCUACCUGUGCAUGAACCGCAAAGGCAAGCUCGUGGGGAAGCCCGAUGGCUCCAGCAAAGAGUGUGUGUUCAUCGAGAAGGUUCUGGAAAACAACUACACAGCCCUGAUGUCGGCUAAGUACUGUGGCUGGUACGUGGGCUUCACCAAGAAGGGGCGGCCAAGGAAGGGCCCCAAGACCCGGGAGAAUCAGCAGGACGUGCACUUCAUGAAGCGCUACCCCAAGGGGCAGCCGGAGCUUCAGAAGCCCUUCAAGUACACGACGGUGACCAAGAGGUCCCGUCGGAUCCGGCCCACACACCCCGCCUAGGCCAUCCCGCAGCGGCCCCUCAGGUCGCCCUGGCCACACUCACACUCCCAGAGAACUGCAUCAGAGGAAUAUUUUUACAUGAAAAAUAAGGAAGAAGCUCUAUUUUUGUAUAUUGUGUUUAAAAGAAGACAAAAACUGAACCAAAACUCUUGGGGGGAGGGGUGAUAAGGAUUUUAUUGUUGGCUUGAAACCCCCGAUGACAAAAGACUCAUGCAACGGGACUGUAGUCAACCCACAGGUGCUUGUCUCUCUAUAGGAACAGACAACUCUAAACUCGUCCCCAGAGGAGGACUUGAAUGAGGAAACCAACACUUCGAGAAACCAAAGUCUUUUCCCAAAGGUUCUGAAAGGAAAAAGAAGAAAAAGAAAAAGAGAAAGUAGUACUCUGCCCACCAACAAACUCCCCCUGACUUUCCCAAUCCUCUAUCCCUGCCCCAAACUCCAACAAAAAUCGCUCUCUGGUUUGCAGUCAUUUAUUUAUUGUCCACUGCAAGCUGCCCCGAGACACCGCGCAGGGAAGGCGUGCCCCUGGGAAUUCUCCGCGCCUCGACCUCCUGACGACAGACGCCUCGUCCAAUCAUGGUGACCCUGCCUUGCUCGCAGUUCUGGAGGAUGCUGCUAUCAACCUUCCGUGACUCACGUGACCUAGUACACCAAUGAUAAGGGAAUAUUUUAAAACCAGCUAUAUUAUAUAUAUUAUAUAUAUAUAUAUAAGCUAUUUAUUUCACCUCUCUGUAUAUUGCAGUUUCAUGAACCAAGUAUUACUGCCUCAACAAUUAAAAACAACAGACAAAUUAUUUAAAAAACCA